CGCUAAGCACCUGCGCCAGGCCUCGCAGACAUAUAUGAAAAGCAUUACAUGACUUCGACGCAUCCUUUAAUUCUUUUCAAUCUCUCUGGCUGUCUGUCUGUCUCAGCGAAAACACGACGGCGAUCAAAAUGAGUCAGCCACAAGAGGGAUCGCUGAUAUACAGCUUCGUGGCGCGGGGCACGGUGGUGCUGGCCGAGUACACGCAGUUCACCGGGAACUUUCCAGCCAUCGCCGCUGAGUGCCUCCAGCGACUCCCCUCCGGGAGCAGCAAGUUCACCUACACCUGUGACCGCCACACUUUUAAUUUCCUUGUCGAGGAUGGCUACGCUUACUGCGUCGUGGCUACUGAAUCUGUGGGCAAGCAAAUCCCGAUUGCGUUUUUGGAGCGCUUAAAAGAGGACUUCAAGAAAAGAUACGGAGGUGGGAAAGCGGAUACAGCUGUCGCCAAAAGUCUCAGCAAGGAGUUCGGGCCUGUAAUGAAAGAGCAGAUGAAGUACACCGUAGACCAUGCUGAGGAGAUUGAUAAGCUGAUGAAAGUGCAGGCUCAAGUUUCAGAAGUCAAGAACAUAAUGAUAAAUAACAUCGACCAGGCAAUGGACAGGGGAGUAAAACUCACCAUUCUAGAGGACAAAGCUGAGAGUCUCCACAACGAGGCUCAGAUAUUCAAGAAACGAGGGGGAGAGAUCCGGCGGAAGAUGUGGUAUCAGAACAUGAAGAUCAAGUUGGUUGUGCUGGGGAUCCUGCUGCUUCUCGUGCUGAUAAUCUGGCUCUCUGUAUGCAAAGGGUUCAAUUGCAGCAACUAGUCACGUUUUUGCACACACCGAGUAUAGUCGAGUCUCGCGAUGUCCAUGAAUCCAUACGUUGUCUCGAUCUCUUCAAGUCGACUUGAGAGUUUUGUCAUCGUGCGAAUUCCUCUCCUUAUGCGCUCGCACAGAUGAGUGCUUAUACCUGGAGAGACGUAUUGACAGUUGUAAUCUGUUCUUGUUCAU